GCUUAACCAGUGCGCUGGCGAGACGAACUCAGAUAUACUGAGCGAGCGCGGAGAAGCAGUCUCAGAUCCUGACGGUGCAGCAGCCCGCAGCCUCAGCCAGGGAGUCCCAGCCGCUUUCAAUGGAGGAGAAGCCCGGCCAGCCACAGCCUCAGCACCAUCACAGCCACCACCAUCCGCACCAUCACCCCCAGCAGCAGCAGCAGCAGCAGUCGCACCACCACCACCAUUAUUAUUUCUACAACCACAGCCACAACCACCACCACCACCACCAUCACCAGCAGCCUCACCAAUACCUGCAGCAUGGAGCCGAGGGCAGCCCCAAGGCCCAGCCCAAGCCGCUGAAACAUGAGCAGAAACACACCCUCCAGCAGCACCAGGAAACGCCGAAGAAGAAAACAGGCUAUGGUGAAAUAAAUGGUAAUGCUGGAGAAAGAGAAAUAUCUUUAAAGAGCCUCAGUUCUGAUGAAGCUACCAACCCUAUUUCCAGGGUCCUCAAUGGCAACCAGCAAGUUGUAGACACGAGCCUGAAGCAGACUGUAAAGACCAGCACCUUUGGAAAAGCAGGAAUCAAAACCAAGAAUUUUAUUCAGAAAAACAGUAUGGACAAAAAGAAUGGGAAAUCUUAUGAAAAUAAAUCUGGAGAGACCCAGGCUAUAGAUAAGACCGAUACUAUAGCAAUUCCAAAUGGUGUUAUAACAAAUAGUUCAGGCUAUAUUGCUAAUGGUUAUAUGAGCAAAGGAGCAGAUAAUGAUGGUAGUGGAUCUGAGAGUGGAUAUACUACUCCUAAAAAAAGGAAAGCUAGGCGCAAUAGUGCCAAGGGUUGUGAGAACCUUAAUUUAGUGCAGGACAAGAUAAUGCAAGAGACUAGUGUCCCAGCGUUAAAACAGGGACUUGAAACUUUAAAGCCUGACUAUAGUGAACAAAAGGGAACUCGAGUAGAUGGUUCGAAGCCUAUUUGGAAAUAUGAAACUGGACCUGGAGGAACAAGUCGUGGAAAACCUGCUAUGGGUGACAUGCUUCGUAAAAGCUCAGAUAUUAAACCUGGUUUGAGUAGCAAAAAAUUUGAUGAUCGGCCUAAAGGAAAGCAUGCCUCAGCUGCUGCCUCCAAAGAGGACUCAUGGACCUUGUUUAAGCCACCCCCAGUUUUUCCAGUGGACAAUAGCAGUGCAAAAAUAGUUCCUAAAAUAAGUUAUGCAAGCAAAGUUAAGGAAAACCUCAACAAAACUGUACAGAACUCUUCUGUGUCACCAUCUUCAUCUUCUUCAUCAUCAUCAUCUACUGGGGAAACUCAGACCCAGUCUUCAAGUCGAUUAUCCCAGGUCCCCAUGUCAGCUCUGAAAUCUGUUACUUCUGCCAAUUUUUCUAAUGGGCCUGUUUUAGCAGGAACUGAUGGAAGUGUGUAUCCAUCUGGGGGUCAGCCACUGCUAACUACUGCUGCUAAUACUUUAACAUCCAUCUCUACUGGGACUGAUUCAGUUCUUCAGGACAUGAGUCUGACUUCAGCAGCUGUUGAACAAAUUAAGUCUAGCCUUUUUAUCUACCCUUCAAAUAUGCAAACAGUGCUGUUAAGUGCACAAGUAGAUCUGCCCUCCCAAACAGAUCAGCAAAACCUGGGGGAUAUAUUCCAGAAUCAGUGGGGUUUAUCAUUUAUAAAUGAACCCAGUGCUGGCCCAGAGACAGUUAUUGGAAAGUCAUCAGAUCAUAAAGUGAUGGAAGUGACAUUUCAAGGAGAAUAUCCUGCCACUUUGGUUUCACAGGGUGCUGAAAUAAUUCCCUCAGGAACUGAGCAUCCUGUGUUUCCCAAGGCUUAUGAGCUGGAAAAACGGACUAGUCCUCAAGUUCUGGGUAACAUUCUAAAACCUGGGACUACUGAGAGUGGAGCCUUAUCCUUGGAACCCAGUCAUAUAGGUGACCUGCAAAAAGCAGACACCAGUAGUCAAGGUGCUUUAGUGUUUCUCUCAAAGGACUACGAAAUAGAAAAUCAAAAUCCUCUGGCCUCUCCUACGAACACUUUGUUAGGCUCCGCCAAAGAACAGAGAUACCAGAGAGGCCUAGAAAGGAAUGAUAGCUGGGGUUCUUUUGACCUGAGGGCUGCUAUUGUAUAUCACACUAAAGAAAUGGAAUCUAUAUGGAAUUUGCAGAAGCAAGAUCCCAAAAGGAUAAUCACUUACAAUGAAGCCAUGGAUAGUCCAGAUCAAUGAAGGACCAGACUGCCUAUUUGUAACCUUUCUGCAGCAUUAGAGCCACCGUUCAUGUGGGACACAAGGCUUUUAUGCUCCUAGAUCUUCAACGCAGCAGAGGAACCAUAAGUAGAAUCACAGGAUAAUAUAUACAAAUAUAUAUAUAUACAUAUAUAUAUAUAUAUAGUUAUUUAAAAAAAGGCAACUGAAAGUAAUUAGACUUCUUAAGGAAUCAAAUUUAUUUCAAGAGACUACACAUGGUUAUUUAAUCUCCGGUACCGAAUAGUCUUUUCUUUAUUAUUUUGUUAGUUUUUGUUUUUAAGUGUGAAUGCAAGUGAUUAAUGAAUACAGACUGUUUAACAAGCGUGGUUCUAAAGUUCCUGCUGUCAUCUACUUGGGCAACAAAUGACCCACUGGAAAGGCAAAUCCACUUACUUCUAGGUAUCUGUACCUUGUUCUGUGACUAAAGUGAUACACUAAUCACGGGGAACCCAGAAUGAUUCGACAUUUUCCCCUACUCCACCCUUGGUCUUUUAGUUUUAUUUUGAGCCCUGCGAGAAUGCUGGAUAAAUGCCUUGAAGUUUGCA